AUGGCAUUGAGCGAUCUCGUACUUGACUUUUACGAGAUGACCAAUGCUGGCCGAGUUGACAUGAGUGAUUUCGAAUUACUUAAAGUACUUGGCACGGGAGCUUACGGUAAAGUUUUUCUCGUGCGUAAAAUAACCGGUGCCGAUCUAGGAAAUUUAUAUGCAAUGAAAGUUUUAAAGAAAUCAGCUAUUUUACAAAAAGCUAAGACAGCUGAACAUAUUAAAACUGAACGACAAGUUUUAGAAGCUAUUCGUCAGAUUCCAUUUUUAGUAUCACUUCAUUAUGCUUUUCAAAGUGAUGCUAAACUUCAUCUUGUUAUGGAUUAUGUCAGUGGUGGAGAAUUAUUUACACAUCUUAAUAAACGACAACGUUUUAGUGAACAAGAUGCAAAAAUAUAUAUCGCCGAAUUAACACUGGCUCUUGGCCAAUUACAUAAACUUGGAAUUAUUUAUCGAGAUAUUAAACUUGAAAAUAUAUUACUUGAUAAUGAAGGUCAUAUUGUUCUAGCAGAUUUUGGUUUAAGUAAAGAAUUUCGACCGGAUGAUGCAGAUAAGCGAACAUAUUCAUUUUGUGGUACAAUUGAGUAUAUGGCGCCGGAAGUUGUUAAAGGUGGAGAUGCUGGACAUGAUUUUACUGUUGAUUGGUGGAGUCUUGGUGUUCUUACAUUUGAACUUUUAACCGGUGCAUCACCAUUUACUGUCGAUGGUGAUCGAAAUACUCAACCAGAAAUAUCAAAACGAAUAGUAAAAAAUCAUCCAUUAAUACCAAAUCAUAUAUCAAAAAUAGCAAAAGAUUUUAUUCUUAAACUUUUAACAAAAAAUCCAAAACGUCGUUUGGGUUCGAAAGGAUUAGAAGAUAUUAAACGUCAUCCAUUUUUUGGAUCUGAUAUGGAUUGGGAUGCUAUUGCACAAAAACGUGUUCAAGCACCAAUUAAACCAAAACUUAAAAAUGAAACGGAUACAAGCAAUUUUGCAGAUGAAUUUACUCGUUUACCAAUAGCAGAUUCCCCAGCAUUAGCUCCACCAACUGAAAGUCUCUUUCGAGGUUAUUCGUUUAUUUCGCCUACGGUUAUCUUUGGUCCAGAGAAUGCAGUAAAUGAAGAUUUAUAUAAUCUCCUUCGUCUUACAAAUUAUCAACGACCUGAUCCAUCACAACUACAUCGAUUGAUUAAAACAAGUUCAUUUUUUCGAAAUUAUGAACUUAUCGAUCGUGAAGGUUUUCUUGGUGAAGGCAGUUAUUCAAUCUGUCGACGUUGUCGAAAUCGUCGAACACAAGAAGAAUUUGCCGUAAAAAUAGUUUCACAUCGACAAAAAGUUGAUGCAAAAAAUGAAAUUGAACUUUUAAGUUUAUGCCAAGGUCAUGCAAAUAUUGUUAAAUUGCACGAAGUUUAUUCUGAUGAGGUUAGUUUUAUUCAAAUAAUAUUUCUUCAAAAAUAUUGA